AAAGACAGUGUACGAACCGGGUGCACCCAGCUCAGUUCAGUCUGUGGCCACGUGUCUGUUCCUUCAUAAAGAAAAGCUUUCUCUGGUGUUAUUGAUGGCAGACGAGGAGCCAAAGCUCAGCAAGAAAGUUUGAUAAUGAAGAGACUGUUGUUGACAGGCCGCCGGACAUGUUCCUCAUCAUUUCGUCACUUCUUCUCACCUUCUAGUGCUUUGAAGAGAAACCUCAAAGCUGAGAAGAAAGCCAAAGAGAAGGCAGAAAAGCAAGCAACUUUAGUAGAAGCAACUGAAAAUGCUUCAACCUCGUCGGCUAAGAAAUCGGCUCUUGACAGUGAAAAUAUUGAUCCUAAUCAAUACUUUGCUUUGCGUAGUCAAGCCAUACAAGCACUGAAAGAGACAGGGCCUCAUCCUUAUCCUCAUAAAUUUGCCGUUACCAUUUCACUAACGGACUUCAUUGAGCAGUUCAAAGACCUCAAGGAUAGCGAGCAACUCCCAGACCUCUCCUUUAGCCUAGCAGGUCGUAUUCAUGCUAAAAGGGAGUCUGGGUCUAAGCUUAUCUUCUAUGAUGUGAGAGGUGAAGGGGUUAAAAUUCAAGUUAUGUGUAAUGCAAAGUUCACGGAUCAAAAUUUUGAAGAAUUACACAGUCAAAUUAAAAGAGGAGACAUAAUCGGGAUCACUGGUUUCCCUGGUAAAACGAAAAUGGGAGAGUUGAGCAUAAUCCCACGUCAGGUCCAACUGCUCUCUCCUUGUCUUCACAUGUUGCCUCACCUUCACUUUGGACUCAAAGACAAAGAGACACGCUUCAGACAGCGUUACCUUGAUUUGAUCAUCAAUGGUAACGUACGAGACAAGUUUAUACUUCGGGCCAGAUUGAUAACAUACUUAAGGAGGUUCAUGGACGAAUUAGGAUUCCUCGAGGUUGAGACUCCUAUGAUGAAUAUGAUAGCAGGUGGUGCUUCGGCUAAACCGUUUGUAACGCAUCACAACGACCUUGACAUGGACCUCUACAUGAGGGUAGCUCCUGAGCUCUACCACAAGAUGCUCAUCGUUGGAGGAAUUGACAGAGUCUAUGAGGUUGGAAGACAAUUUAGAAAUGAAGGUAUUGAUCUGACUCAUAACCCUGAGUUCACUACAUGCGAGUUUUACAUGGCCUAUGCUGAUUAUAAUGACCUCAUCAACAUCACUGAACAACUUGUAUCUGGAAUGGUGUUUGAGGUGACUGGUGGGUACAAUGUGACGUAUCAUCCUAACGAUGAUGAUCCUUCGCAGGAAUUUAAAGUUGAUUUCUCUCCGCCAUUUAGGAAAGUGAAAAUGAUACCAGAGUUAGAGAAGCAGCUCAAUGUUACGUUUCCUAAACCAGAUACUUUCCACACUGAGGAAUUCCGUCAGUUUCUUGAUGAUCUUUGCACUAAGAAUAACGUCGAUUGCUCGCCUCCUCGUACCUCGUCAAGACUCCUUGACAAACUGGUAGGAGACUACAUUGAAGUCAAUUGCAUCAAUCCAACUUUCAUAAUGGAGCACCCACAAAUAAUGAGUCCACUAGCUAAAUGGCAUCGAUCAAUCCCUGGGCUGACAGAAAGGUUUGAACUGUUUGUGUGUCAGAAAGAGAUUUGUAAUGCUUACACUGAGUUGAAUGAUCCUGUCGUACAGAGAUCUACUUUUGAACAACAAGCAAAGGAUAAGGAAGCUGGUGAUGAUGAAGCACAAAUGGUUGAUGAGAACUUUUGUACUGCUCUUGAGUAUGGACUCCCGCCCACUGGUGGGUGGGGCAUGGGAAUAGACCGUCUAACCAUGUUCCUCACUGAUUCUGCUAAUAUCAAGGAAGUAUUGUUCUUUCCAGCCAUGAAACCAAAGGACGACAAAGAGAGACCAGCUGAAGUCACUCCGCCUCAAACUAAAUGAACCGCUAAUAAUUUAAUGAAUAAUUAAUUAUUAAUGAAUAUUAGUUGGCUUCUGUUUGAUUGUCUCAAUGUCUUCUAAUUGCCGAGAAUUGGUCCAUUAAUUGUGGAUAUAAAAUCAUGAUAAUUG